AUGAGUAACUCUUCAUAUUUGCAAGCAUACUCAGUAACUUUUUUGUGUGUUGCAGUAGGAAAGACUUUGUUAGCAGAACAUAUCUAGAGUGAGAAAACCUUGUUAGAUUGGUUGUCCUUGUAUGUGAGUCUGUGAAGAGGGUUUGUUGCGGUUGUUGUGGAAUUCAGAGAAAUCAUGGCGGAUGAGGCUAAGAUGAGGGGUGAUGCGGCGUCGGACAAGACGAAGCAGGGAACUGAUGCAGCCUUGGAAUCCAUCGGGCAGUACCGAGGUGCCGCACAGGAGCAAGGGAUGGCAGCCUUGAGGGGCGCCCAGGAUCGUUAUGAGGCGGCGAAGAACACUGCUUCUCAGAAGGCAGACGAGACCGCCAAUGUUGCUGGUCAGAAGAAGAACACGGUUGCGGAAACCCUUUCUCAGUACACCCAGGCAGCCUUGGACAAACUGCAACAGAUGAAGAUCGGCACGCAGCAAUAUUCCGAGCAAGCCUUGAACAAAGCUGCGGAGCAAACCGAAAACACGAAGGCUGCAGCAGCUGGUACGUAUAACAAGGCGGCAGACACCACCUCUCAGACUGCCCAAAGUGCAAAGGGCACAUCGAUGGACACUGCUGCGAGCGCUAAGGAUACUGCUGUACAAAAGAAGGAUCAAGCCUAUGACGCUACUGCUUCGGCUGCCCAAAGCGCAAAGGACACAGCAGUACAAAAGAAGGAUCAAGCAUACGACGCCGCUGCUUCGACUGCCCAGAACACGAAGGAUAUGUUAGCUGAGAAAACAAAUCAAGCUUCAGAUUAUGCCGGACAAACUUACCAAGCUGCAAAAGACACGGUCAUGGACUACACUAAUGCCGCAGCUGAACAAACUGGGCAAGCAUGGGAAGGAACAAAACAGACUUCCGCGGAUUAUGCAGGAACGGCGCAGGACAAAGCGAUGGGCACAUGGGAUGCGACUAAGCAGAAGAAAGCGGAAGCUACCGGUAUGGCGCAGGAUAAAGCAGGGGAAGCCAAGCAGAGUGCUGCGGAUACCGCCACAGCUGCACAGGAGAAGGCGUCCGAGGCAACUGGUGCUGCGCAGGAGAAGGCAGGGCAAGCGAAGUAUUCGACUGCGUCGCCCUUGACUUCCGCCAAGGACAAAUCAUAUGAUCAAGCAGCCGCUACGAAUGAGAAAGCAAAGGAGGCGGCCGGUAGUGCCCAGGCGACAGCAGGAUCGUGGUUUGGAACAAUCAAGCAGAAAGCGUCCGAGCUUUUGGGUGCCACGCAGCAGAAAACUGGCGAGGCAAACCAGGCCGCGCAGGAUCAAGCUGCAGCGGCUAAAGAUAAGGCCGCGUCCACUUUGGACGCAACAAAGGAGAAGGCUGCCGAGACUACGGAAGCCACGAAACAGAAGGGUGGAGAAUUAAAGGAUUCAGCGCAAUACAAGGCUGCUGAGACUAAAGAUGCCGCACAGUCGAAAGCCGCAGAAAGUAGGGAUGCAUCCAAGGACACUGCCGCCGACUGCGCUGGAUCUGCACAGAAGAGCGCCGAGGAAAUCCGCGAGGGGACCAAGCAGACUGGUGGCGGUUUACAAGAAUUAGCUGGAAAUGUCUGGCAAGGUAUCAAAGACAAAACCAGUGAUGUUUCCGGAGAAACUCAGCACAAGGCUAGCGAGGCAGCUGUCAGUGCCAAAUCCUCAUGGGAUGCAACGAAGGAGCAAGCAGGCAAGGCAUCGGAGGAUGCGCAAGAGAAGUCUACGUUUGCUGGUGACAGCGGCGUGACCUGGGACAAUGCACGGAACAGGUAUGUCAAUGCCUCAGGAAAGGAAGUCGACAUCGCAUCUGCGACUGCUGGCGACACUCCAGCUUUUGAGCAAUCGCUGUAGACUAAUGUGUAGUUUCAUUACUUCACGCUUGGAAAGAAUAAGUACCCCUCCAGCUCUAGGUUUAGAUGCUGAUCGCGGAUGUCUUCGAAUUAUGAUGCGCAGAUUGUGAUGCUGAGGGAUGAGAGAUGGUUAUCCCACUGUGCAGUCAGGCAUCAGAAUAACUUCUGCGAACGUAAAUUUUUGAGCUCAUGUGAAAAGAUAGCGGUGCUUUUGAUGCUUCAACCAUGCUAGUUAGGCGCUAGUUUUCGAUUAGAACAAGUUUUGCAUAUGUAGCUUGCCAUUCGAGUCUCAACUUCCGUAGAUCCAGGUGGAGCUUAUCUGAGAGGAUCAGAGUACAAAUCAUUGAUGUGCAGCGAUUUAAUUGCAAACGUACUUCAAGUGUUGUAAAUACAGUUUAUCCUUUUGUAAUUGAGUUUUGUUCUAUGUAAUUCGUGCUCGCACUGCGAUCAUAUU